GAACAUUUGCACGGAAAUAAGCCCUCUGGACAAGAAUGUAAAGCUUUUAGAUGGUUGCUGAGAAAUACAUCGUACCCAUGAGCAACUAACUGGAGACUAUCGCAUGGUAGCUUUUGACCUUUCACUUAAUGACGGGGGAGUGACUGUAACGAGCUGUUAGAGGAGGUAAAUUUUGGUAAGGAAAUGAGGGGUGGAAGUCAGAAAAGCCACUAAACGGCAGAAAAGAUUACCAAGAAAAAACGCACAUCCCAGAUUUUUUUAGCAGAGAAAAAAAAUUCCCACUGCGAAAGUCCCCACUCUCGCUUUCUUCUCCCUCUUUCCCCCUCUUCCACCAUCCUCUUCCUUUCCCUCUCUUCACCUUCCUCUGUGAAGCCCACUGUCUCCCUUUUUUUUUAGGAGCAACACACAUAGGCCCUUCUGUCCUAUAAUACUCAGGUCGAGUUAGCCCUCGAUCCUGAUCCUCUGUGUGUCGUUUCUUUGGUUUUUUUUGCACUUUACUAUACAACCCCGCCUCUUAAGGCUUUUCACGAUAAAAAACCGCCAACAUGGUUAACUUCACAAUCGAAGAGAUUCGGUCCCUGAUGGACAAACCGAAGAACAUUCGUAACAUGUCCGUCAUUGCUCACGUCGAUCACGGAAAGUCCACUCUGUCUGACUCCCUGGUUCAGCGUGCUGGUGUUAUCGCCGCUGCCAAGGCUGGUGAGGCCCGUUUCAUGGAUACCCGUGCCGAUGAGCAGGAGCGUGGUAUCACUAUCAAGUCCACUGCUAUCACCCUUUACUCCAAGUUUGAUGACCCUGAGGAUCUCAAGGAGAUCAGCCAAGGUCACGAUGGCAACGAGUUCUUGAUCAACUUGAUCGACUCUCCCGGUCACGUUGACUUCUCCGCUGAGGUUACUGCCGCUCUCCGUGUCACCGACGGUGCCCUGGUCGUCGUCGACUCUAUCGACGGUUCCUGUGUCCAGACCGAGACUGUCCUUCGCCAGGCCAUUGCUGAGCGUAUCAAGCCCGUUCUGAUCAUCAACAAGGUUGACCGUUCUAUACUUGAGCUGCAGGUCAGCAAGGAGGAUCUGUACCAGAACUUCUGCCGUAUCAUUGAGUCCGUCAACGUCACCAUCGCUACCUACGAAGACAAGGUUCUUGGUGAUGUCAUGGUUCACGCCCAGAAGGGUACCGUUGCUUUCGGAUCCGGUCUCCAGGGCUGGGGUUUCACUGUCCGCCAGUUCGCCGUGAGGUACGCUAAGAAGUUUGGUGUUGACCGUAAGAAGAUGCUUGAGCGUCUGUGGGGUGACAACUACUUCAACCCCAAGACCAAGAAGUGGACUAAUAAGAGCACUGAUGCCGAUGGCAAACCUCUGGAUCGUGCUUUCGUCCAAUUCUGCUUGGACCCCAUCUACAAGAUCUUCGACGCGGUCAACAACAACAAGAGAGAUCAGAUCACUACUCUCGUCGAGAAGCUUGAGGUCAAGCUUACUAGCGAUGAGAAGGAGCUUGAGGGCAAGCAGCUCCUCAGAACUAUCAUGCGCAAGUUUUUGCCUGCCGCCGAUGCUAUGUUGGAAAUGAUCUGUAUCCACCUGCCUUCUCCCGUUACUGCCCAGAAGUACCGUGCUGAGACUCUGUACGAGGGUCCUCAUGAUGACGAGUGCUUCAACGCCAUCAAGGAGUGCAAGGCUGGUACCAAGGAGGACCCCGCUCCUCUGAUGCUCUACGUCUCGAAGAUGGUGCCCACUUCCGAUAAGGGUCGUUUCUAUGCUUUCGGCCGUGUCUACUCGGGUAUCGUCAGGUCUGGUCUCCAGGUCCGUAUCCAGGGUCCUAACUACACCCCUGGCAAGAAGGAGGACCUGUUCAUCAAGAAGAUCCAGCGUACUGUUCUGAUGAUGGGUGGUAAGACUGAAGCUAUUGACGACGUUCCCUGCGGUAACAUCGUUGGCCUGGUUGGUGUUGACCAGUUCUUGCUAAAGUCUGGUACCCUCACGACCUCCGAGACCGCUCACAACCUCAAGGUCAUGAAGUUCUCCAUCUCUCCCGUCGUGCAGCGUUCCGUUGAGGUCAAGAACGCCGCUGAUCUUCCUAAGCUUGUCGAGGGUCUCAAGCGUCUGUCCAAGUCCGAUCCUUGUGUCCUGACUAUGAUUAACGAGUCUGGAGAGCACGUCGUUGCUGGUGCUGGUGAAUUGCAUCUUGAGAUUUGCUUGAACGAUCUCCAGAAUGAUCACGCCGGUGUUCCCCUCAAGAUUUCCGACCCUGUCGUCUCUUACCGUGAGUCCGUCGCGGGCAAGUCCAGCAUGACUGCUCUCUCCAAGUCUCCCAACAAGCACAACCGUCUCUAUAUCAAUGCCGAGCCAAUUGAGGAAGACUGUGCUCUUGCCAUUGAGGCCGGCAAGAUCAACCCCCGUGAUGAUUUCAAGACUCGUGCCCGUCUCAUGGCUGAUGAAUAUGGCUGGGAUGUCACCGAUGCCCGUAAGAUCUGGACCUUCGGUCCCGACACCACCGGUGCCAACUUGCUGGUUGACCAGACCAAGGCUGUCCAGUACCUUAACGAAAUCAAGGAUUCCUUCGUCUCCGGUUUCCAGUGGGCUACUCGUGAGGGUCCUAUUGCUGAAGAGCCCAUGCGCGCUAUCCGCUUCAACAUCCUCGAUGUUACCCUUCACGCUGAUGCUAUCCACCGUGGUGGUGGUCAGAUCAUCCCCACUGCUCGUCGUGUCCUCUACGCCGCUCAGUUGCUUGCGGACCCCAGCAUUAUGGAGCCCAUCUUCAACGUUGAAAUCCAGGUUCCCGAGCAGGCUAUGGGUAGUAUCUACGGUGUCCUUACCCGUCGUCGUGGUGUCAUUUACUCCGAGGAGCAGAGACCCGGUACCCCUCUGUUCACCGUCAAAGCCUACCUUCCCGUCAAUGAGUCCUUCGGUUUCCCCACCGAUCUCCGUGCGGCCACCGGUGGUCAGGCCUUCCCUCAGUCCGUCUUCGACCACUGGGAGGUUCUUCCUGGUGGUUCUCCUCUUGACACCACCACUAAGCCUGGUCAGAUUGUUAAUGAGAUGCGUAAGCGCAAGGGUCUCAAGGAGCAGGUUCCUGGAUACGAGAACUACUACGACAAGCUGUAAACCCGUUGAUUGCAAUCCUAUGUUUAUGAGUUCGACGAACACAAUACAAUGUCUAUGCUAGGGCCCACAUCCAAAAAUUUAAAAUAAAGCGCCACAGCUGAAUGUCGUAUGUGGAUUUUCGACCACUAGAAGUAGAAUCCAGGAGUGCAUCUGCUAUGGCUUUUCAUUAUCUAUUGUUAUGUUAACGAAUGCGAGGGUUUUUACAUAGUUCACUUCAGAUUUCACUGGUUGGACUUCUAAAAUUUCAAUUGUAGUUCCAAAAUCC